UAGACGUGGCAGGGAGGGAAAUGUUGGUUUCGCUACGGUCAGGGAUGGCGGCCGCGGACGGACCUUCUUGUUUCGCUGCCGGGCUUCCCCAGCGGCCAGGGGAGCCCGAGCGGCCUGCCGCCCAUAUGGCGGCGCUCAUCUUGGCCCGCGGGGGCAGCAAAGGGAUCCCGCUGAAGAACAUUAAGCCGCUGGCCGGAGUGCCGCUGAUUGGCUGGGUACUCAGGGCAGCCCUCGACUCCGGCGUCUUCCAGAGCAUCUGGGUUUCUACAGACCACGAUGAGAUUGAGAAAGUGGCCAAGCAGUUUGGGGCGCACGUCCACCGGAGAAGCUCGGAAGUGUCCAAAGAUUCCUCGACCUCUCUGGAUGCUAUCGUGGAGUUCCUUCAAUACCAUGAUGAGGUGGACGUCGUAGGAAACAUCCAAGCGACGUCUCCGUGCUUGCAUCCCACCGAUCUGAUCAAAGUGGCCAAAAUGAUUCGGGAGGACGGCUUUGAUUCUGUCUUUUCCGUAGUGAGGCGGCAUCAGUUUCGGUGGAGUGAAAUCAGAAAAGGAGUGUGUGAGGCGACGAAACCCCAAAACCUGAAUCCAGCAAAACGUCCCCGGAGGCAGGAUUGGGACGGGGAGCUUUACGAAAACGGGUCCUUUUACUUCGCCAGACGGUCACUGAUUGACAAGGGCUAUUUGCAGGGCGGGAAAAUGGCUUAUUAUGAAAUGCGGGCCGAGCACAGCGUGGACAUUGACGUGGAUAUCGACUGGCCGAUCGCAGAGCAAAGAGUCUUGCGGUUCGGCUAUUUCGGAAAAGAGGCCCUCAAGGAAGUAAAGUUGCUUGUCUGCACGAUCGAUGGUUGCCUGACCACCGGCCACAUCUACAUUUCCGAGGAUGGAAAAGAGGUCCUUUCUUAUGACGUCAGGGACGCCGUCGGGAUUAAUUUGUUACAGAAAAGGGGCGUUGAGGUGCGGCUGAUCUCCGAGAGGCACUGCUCCCCUAAGACGCUUUCCGCCAUGAAGCUGGGCUGCCGCGCGGAAGUCGGCGUGGCCAACAAGCUGCCCGUCGUCGAGAAAUGGAGGACAGAGCUGAACUUGUGCUGGAAGGAAGUGGCGUACUUAGGAAAUGAGGAAUCGGAUGUGGAGUGCUUGAAGAAAGCCGGCAUGAGCGCGGUCCCCGCCGACAGCUGUCCGGCUGCGCAGAAAGCCACGAGCUACAUUUGCAAAUGUAACGGCGGCCGAGGUGCAAUCCGGGAGUUUGCUGAGCACAUAUUCCUCCUGAUGGAAAAGGUGAAUUCGGCUGGGAAGAAACCACGAUAACAGACUCAUGAAGCCGCUGCUGCCGUAGGGGAGACGAAAAGACGUUUCUUCCUUCUUUCUCUCUGAUGGUUUUCUCUAUUUACUUGCAGCGCGGUUUUUUGACAUUUCAGAUAACCAACGGGCAUUGCCGAGAAACGUGAUAUAUUCCCCCCCACUCCCAGCACUUAAAUGUUCAUUUCCAACUGCUGCUCCUCACUAUUGCAACAGCUGCAGCCUAGCAAGCCAAUAACCCUCAAUAUUUCUUGAUGGGGUUGGUUGAAAGGUUCAGAAAUUGACUGCGUUAAUGCUUGCCUUUCAGCAACCCGGCUUUUGAAAAGGUGUAAACAUGUUUAAAAAAAUAGAACUGGCUGAAGAGGAUAUGACAUAUCACAUCUGGACAAAAGGUUUUAGCAUCCUCCCCUGACAUGCUGGUUUUCCGCAAGCGGGGAGUUGUUUAAUUUUUUUAAAAUACGGAAUAUUCUGUUGUGCUGCGCUCCUCCUGAAAUUGUUCUGCCCAUUCCUCCUCUGUAUGGAUUGUUACUCCACUACCGUUUUCCUGGCCACAAUUCCCACCAAUCAGUGACAUGCGUUUCCCAUCUGUGUGAUUCUGCCUACCUCGCAGGAUUGUGGGGAAAUGAUAGAACCCCAUGCAUGACAUUCUCAGCUCCUGGCAGGAAGGAUUGGGGUAGCUGCUCUGUUUAAUAUUUGCUUAUGUGCAUCUGUGCUUUCGGAAAGGGCAUCUCAUCCGCCCGUCAGUAAUGGUGAAAUAUUUGCGUUCCGGGUGGAAGUAACCUCUGUGGUUUUAUCAUUCCAUUUCAAAUGACCCUUUGCGAAGUCAUGUUAUCCUUUUUACCCUUCGUUGCAUAUUUUUUUAAAAAGCAAUAAUGGCUCUUUUCGCACAAAUCUCCUAAAGUGCUUGUAAAAUGUUUUCAGUUCCUCCCUUUUGUUCGCAUCCAUCGCAUCCACCCCCUUGAAAAAAAAAUCCUGGCCGCUAUUUUGUGACGUUUCCCUUUUUAAAAAGUUUUGUGCUAAGUGAAGGCUUCCAUGUUUCACGGCCUUGUGCUGCAUUCUCUACUCCUUGCAUACUCAGUACUUAGAAGAUUGUGCCCCCCCCCCCCC